CAGUUUACCCAAAAUAAAAUAGCUUUCACUCAAACACCCACCCAGCAAUGGCGGUCGGAAGUGGGAAGAAUUGAAUUCGUAGCGAGAGAGAGAGAGAGUAGUAAGAUGUCGGGAAUGGGGGACGGGUACGUGGGUACGUCGCAAGAUGGGGUGAGGAUACGGAGGCUGCAGAAGCAAAGAGAGGCUGAACGGCGUAAGAUCCAGGAGUUGAAGAGCAAGACUGCCUCCGGGCAGGAGCAAUCAGGUCUUCUCCAAUUCGGCUCCAGCUCUUGCGAGAUUCUUGACACUGCUUUUAAGAAGGAAACGGUCGGUUUAGUCACCAGAGAGGAAUAUGUCGAGAAGAGGGUUAAUAUUCGUAAUAAGUUCGAGGAAGAAGAGAAGGAGAAGUUGCAGAAGCUACUCCAAGAGGAAGAGGAGCUUCAACAACAGAAGCGUAACAAGAAGAGAAAGAUCAAGGGAAGCUCCCGCUUAUCUUUUUCUGAAGAUCUUGACGAUGACAGUGAUGGAGAUGAUGGAGAAAACACGAACUUGCGCUUCGGAAAACUUGGCAAGGACCCCUCAGUCGAAACCAAUUUCCUGCCUGACAGUGAGCGGGAGGCAGAGGAACAAGCUGAACGCGAAAGGCUAAAGAAGCAGUGGACUCGUGAACAAGAGCAGAUUAAAAACGAGCCUCUUCAGAUUACUUAUAGUUACUGGGAUGGGACGGGGCAUAGAAGAGUUAUCCAGGUCCGAAAGGGUGACGCAAUUGGGAAUUUUCUAAGGGCAGUUCAACAGCAGCUUGCCCCUGACUUCAGGGAGAUCCGGACGACAUCAGUUGAGAAUUUGUUAUACGUAAAAGAAGAUCUUAUAAUCCCACAUCAACACAGUUUCUACGAGCUGAUCAUUAACAAGGCUAGGGGGAAGAGUGGACCGCUGUUUCACUUUGAUGUGCAUGAAGACGUGAGAACAAUUGCAGAUGCAACGAUCGAGAAAGACGAGUCGCAUGCGGGGAAAGUGGUGGAGAGGCAUUGGUACGAGAAGAACAAGCAUAUAUUCCCUGCUUCCAGAUGGGAGAUAUACGACCCGACGAAGAAAUGGGAACGGUACACAGUCCAUGGGAAUUGAUUGAUUGAUAAUCUGGAGCACAAACAUAUGCUCUUAUUGAUGGAUGGAUCACUUGGAAUCUUUGUUCACAUGAUGAUGAAUCAUCAGAUAGUAGUAGCGGUGGAAUGCUUUUUUUUUAAAAAAAGAAUGCUUAUUAUCGCUCCGCCUUGAUACCAUUACUUUCUGUCCUCUGUUUAUUACUUAAAAAAGAAAAACUUGUUUAGUUUUGUUAUUUUUUUCAUAUAUAUAUGAUAAUAGUAUUUGUGUGAGAUGAUGUUGUGAUUAGAGUGGGAGGGAGCACAUAGAUUAAAAGAAUGUUUCAGAUGAUUAUACUUUUGACAUAAAGUAAUAGAUUUGAUAUUCAUAAUUA